AACCGUGUGCAGAGUCAUUGCAGAACUUUGAGCUGCUGGGUGAUUUUAUGAUUUCAUUGUGAGGUUUUUAUGAUGCACAUAAAUGUGAUCACACAGACACUUCCUGCACUGCGGCGGCUCAAACACUCGACCACAACAACGCCUCCGACCUGCAGCCGUUAACCAAAAUGGACUCACUGCUCCUUUUCACUCUGGUGGUUCAUUUAGCCUCUAGAGCUGGAGCUCAGUCCACCACCAGCACCACUGUAGUCCCAGUACCUGCUGCCACCACCUCUGCCAUCCUUCCUACUACUACUGCUGUUCCUUCUACUACUACCACCACUGUUCCCCUAACAUCUACCUCUCCUACUACUGAUAUUCCUUCCAUUACCACUAUGGCUAUUGCCACCACCAGUGACCUGACCAGUACCACUUCUUACUUCAAUACUACAACCAGUUUAACGACUGCUUCCGACUUCCCCAGUACUACCACUAUUACUACUAGUGCAUAUCCAACUCCAGAAGGUAGUCCUCUUACACCAGGAGGUAUUACUCUAACUCCAGAAGGUACUACUCUAUCUCCAGGUGGUACUAAUCUAACCACUGUCUCUCGAGGUACCCUUCCAACUCCAGAAGGUACUACCCUAUUUCCAGGUGGUACUAAUCUAACCACUGUCUCUCGAGGUACCCUUCCAACUCCAGAAGGUACUACCCUAUUUCCAGGAGGUAGUAAUCUAACCACUGUCCCAGAAAGUACUAUCCUGUCCACCAGAUCAGAAAGUACUUCAACUGCUGAAUAUACAGAAACCACUAACAGUCCCAACACUGCUCCUGUUGCUACCACUGAUAUAACCCUUGGUACUGACUUACCCUCUGAUAAUACCACUGUUUUAACAACUGCUACUUUCUACCCCACAUCUGGUCAAACCACUACUACAUAUGACCCCAACAGUACUUCUGGUACCAGCAGUAAUCCAACAGAAACCAGCUAUUAUCCUACUGCUGCUACUGACUCCACUACUACUACUACUACUACUACUACUACUGCUACUGAUCCGACCAAUGGGACUGACUUCACUACUACUACUCCUUUUUAUCCGACUAAUGGGACUGACUUCACGACUACUACUACUCCUUUUUAUUUUAUCCGACUAAUGGGACUGACUUCACGACUACUACUACUCCUUUUUAUCCGACCAAUGGGACUGACUUCACUACUAUUACUACUCCUUUUUAUCCGACCAAUGGGACUGACUUCACGACUACUACUACUCCUUUGUAUCCGACCAAUGGGACUGACUUCACAACUACUACUACUCCUUUUUAUCCGACCAAUGGGACUGACUUCACGACUACUGCUCCUGCUACUGAGCUGA